UUCAGCACAGUGGCCCGUACUGCUGUUUCUAGCUACAGUGGAGCAGCAGCACUUUUGCUUUCAGUCCUGUUGGUGGACGAUUGUAUUUACUCUGGAACUGCUCGCCAGUCACUUUUUGGGGGAUUUCUCUUUCUCUUUGCGUCUCUCAUUCGCGCUUGGUGCUUGCCAAGAAGAGAUCACACCACAUGGAGAUGUGAGAGGAUGGAGAUAACCAGCGAUCUCGGCUUGGACGGUUCAUAUUUAUUGGGAGAUAUUAGAAUAUCACUAAUUCAGGGGCAGAGGUGGGUAACUCGUUUCAUUUCCUCAGUAAUAUUGUCAUAAAGUCAGAUUUAGAUUUUUUUUGCUUUCCUUUCAAGUGAUAAUACUCAUCACUCCUACUGAGUCUACUUCUUACUCAUUAACGUUUACUAUUCUUUUACGCUUCAUUAUGUUACACUGGUGACAGCAUCUGCACUGCUUUGCAGUUUGUCACACUGCUGACUUUUAAGCCGUUUUCCUCUUUUUUAGGCCCCAAAGCAAAAGAACAUCUCCAAAUUUCAGUCCUCCUGAUACUUUUUAGAUGUUCUAAGAAGCUCCACUGCAGUUCUUCUUAGUACUAGGGUUAUUUACCUGCUGCUUUGCACUGCUACAACUUCUAUGCCAGAAACUUCUGACUUAAUCAUUAUUUGACCAAAUUCUGAACACUUUUCUUGAGUGUUGAUUCACUCUACCCACCUCUGUUCAUGGGAUGAGAGUCCAUACCAAGCACCCAUCUGAGUUCUGAGCAAACCUUUUUUGCUCACUUAUCUUCUCCACCUUCUCCAUCUGUAUGACUUUUACAGUUCUUAACAUUACCAAAGGCACUGUGGAGCCUCAUGAGUAGCAAUCCUUCUUUGAAGAUUUUGACCUAGGGGGUUAAAUGUUGGUGACAUCGGACAGUAGGAAUGGUGGAGGGUCUUCUAUGGCCAAAGCUCAGCUUAUCCACCGCGCCGGAGCCGCUUCAGCCCGCGUACAGCCCACGAUACCCGAAGAGUUGGUCGAUAGCACCGAUGACGAUCACGAUGAAUACCUCGGUUCUUGCAAUAUCGAGGACGAUGAAGAGGGAGACUACGAAGAGUACGACGAGUUCUCCCAGCUGCCCGACACCAGGAGCAUCACCUCAGAUGACUCCUUUUACCCGCCGGAGGACUUGAACGACUUUGAGGACUUGGAGAGGAGCCCGUCUCUGGAGAGCGAGGUGGCGCUGCUGAGCUUCUUCCAGGCAUGCUGCAGCAACCAGGCCCUCACGGUCAAGUUCAUGAUACGACGGGGCGUCACGGAGGACGAGGUCCAGGAGACCGACCAGAACAAUAGGACAGGUUUGAUGGUGGCCUGUUAUCAAGGGUAUGUGGACGUGGUCAUCGCACUCUCUACGUGUCCUUAUUUGAAUGUGAACUGGCAGGACAAUGAGGGCAACACAGCCCUCAUCACAGCUGCCCAGGCAGGGCACAUCACAAUCACAAACUACCUACUCAACUACUUCCCUGGCCUUGACAUUGAGAGGAGAAACUGCCUUGGUUUCACUGCUCUGAUGAAAGCUGCCAUGCAGGGCAGAGUGGACUGCGUCCGGGCUCUGAUGAUGGCAGGAGCUGAUCUGGAGGCUCGAGAUCAUGGGCGUAAGUUUACCCCUCGCGAGUGGGCAAUGUACACUGGCCGUUACGAGACGGCCUUUGUCAUGCUGCGCUUGAUGCAGCGUCCGUGUCCAGAGCAGUGUUCUGAAGCCUACAGGCCUGAGUGGCCCUUGCUGCCUGCACUGGUGUCCAAAGCCCAGCAGCCCAAAGGCUGCAUCCAGAAGAUUUCAGAGGCGAUCCGGCAAGCCCUUGACAUCAGCAACGUGACGGAAGCCACAGAGGAAGGGGUUCUUGAUCACAUGGUGCGCAUGACCACAUCUCUGAGCAGCCCCUUUAUCGCUGUGACAUGCCGGACGGUGUGUCCCAGUAGCCCCCCUUGCGUGGGCAAACGGCGGUACUCUGUCCAAGAGAUUCUGAAGAAGCAGCGGAUGCAACAGCUAAAGGGUCUUGGGCCAGUACAUCUGGAGAGCUACAAACACCUAUUUCAGAACUCUCAGGUCACACUGGUGCCUAAGCACAAGGACCGGCGGGCCAGCCUACAGUCUCAGGGUCUCAGGGACUCCUCGGACUCAUCAGCUAAUGCGGCACGGAGAGCCAGCCUCCUGCCACUCCACCUGGUCAAGAGGAGCAGUGUGAGGCCUGGCAUGGUGGUGCCCAAACUCCGCAUCACCAAGGCCCCCCCGCCCACCUACGAGCCUGAUAAAGAGCGGCGCAAGAGUAGCAACAGCAGCGGGCAAUUCCUGCAGAUCCCUAAGUGGAGAUACAAAGAACUGAAAGAAGAGAGGAAGAAAGCAGAAGAGGCUGAGAGGAAAAAGCAAGAGGCCCUGACCAAGAGACAAGUCUCCACAGGCAAAGGGAAGUAACCAGGUGUUAUGAGAAUAAAUGACGCUGUUAAAAACGGUGCGGUUUCUGCAGGAUGUGUAAAACUGUCCAUGUUAAAAGCUGACGGUACACGAUGGUUUAACCAGGAUUUACCUUAGCUUGCUAGUAGGGAUGUAAAAGAUUAAUUGUUAACCAACAAAGAGUUUGACCAAUGCUAUUGGUCAGUUAAUAGUCAAAUUGACAUCCCUACUUAAUAGCAACACAUUGAGGAUUUAAGUCAUUGAUCCUUUCAGCAAUCUACAAAAUAUAUUUUCCGCUGUCAUUCAGAAUCAGUUUCUGUCCAUUUUGUCUGGUAGCUUGUAUCUUAUGGUCAAAAUUUAAGAAUUAACUCAUUCCUUCUUAUACUUUCCAAAUCAGCUAAACUCAUGGCAGACAGAGUUCCUUUUUCCUCUCUUAACUAAAUAGGACCUUCCUGGAUGUACCAUCACACGGGUCAACUCCUUAAACAAGGACCAUAUAACUGGACAUUGUGCUUGUGCACCCCUCUGCAUACAUAUUAAUCAGUCAGCUUUUAACAGCGCUAGUUGUUCUCUUUGCACAGGAAUUGUACACACUACUCAUCUGAGGCUGGGCCAAGCUACAGAUGGCGUUCAAUACUUGAAAUGUAUUGUGCUUAUUUAUUUUCAUAUUUAUCAUUUUGAAAGCAUAUAAUAGUGUUUUUAAUAAUAUUUUAAGCUGUGACACAAAGUGUGAAACAGAAUUCAAACAUAUUUCAUUCAUUUGUCAAGGUUUGGGUACUAGAAUCUUGUAUAUACCUACACUACCACACACAGAAUUGAAUGUCCUUGAUAUCCCAGGAAAUGUGGUCAGUGAACAGCUUUUAACAGGGUUCUCCAAAGACAGAGCUCAUCUUAGAUUUAAAAGCGUUUUCAGAUGAAUGUACUGAAAGGAUGGAAGCCUGUUCUUGGCAUGUAGAGGAGAAAAACACAAAAAUAUUUCCCACAUUUUUCUCUCAUUCUGACUGCAUGUUCAUUUUCUGACAUAUGCCAAAAUUACUUCUUUUUUUAAAUUUUAAUUCGGUAUCUCAAAAUAAUGAAGUAUCAUCCCAAAAUAAUCACAUACCAUUUUACAAUGUACCAAGUCAUUAUUUUCACAUAGUCUGCCAUUUUGUCUUAAUUCAAAAUCUUAUUUAUUUGGGUAAAAAGUAUGACAAAAUAAGUAAUUGGUUCAUGAUACUAAGUCAAUAAGGUGAGAUUGUGCUCCUAUAUUUGGCAGGAUACAAUUAAAGACUUCAUCAGAAAAGGUAGAAUGCUCUGUACCUCAUGAAAACAGUGUUUUUUUUAUUCCAUUUUAAUAUUUUUACAGGAUUGCUACUGUUUGGUCAGGUGUUUUUUGUAAUACAAUAUUUUUCUAAAUUCAUACACAUCUCAGAAACACUGGUUUUAUAGAAAAGCUGCAAUAAAUCAUUUAUCAUAUCUAGGGAUGUCACAGCAGGUGCUCAUGUGACACAGGAUCAUAAGAGAGUAUUGUAUCAUCCAUAAAUUUACAUUAUAGUCAAAUAUCCUUUUUAAAACAUGUACGGACUGUUAGUUAGUACAGUGAACCUAACAGUAAAGGAGGUGCUUCAGAACCACCUUAAAGCUGGAUAUUAAAAAGCUGUUAGAUACAACACUUGGGUUUCCCAACAAACUGUUCUCUAGCUUGAAAGAUGUGUUUGAAUUGAAUUGAAAAUGAACUGUUCAUAAGCAAGUGAAUGCUGAUAAAGAGCAAGUAAUAUGUGAGAAUUUAAUCAAAUGCUGUGACAUCUAGGGGUGGGCGAUAUGGCCAAAAAUUUCCUCGAUACACAAAAUGCAUCAUGAUAUUUAGUUAUAAUAAGGUUUGAGAGGUUGGAACAGAGAAAAUGAACCAGCGGAGGUAUGUUUAAAAACAUGCUGUCAAAAACUGAGUGCUCCACAAUGUGCUCAGAAAAGCAUAUUGUAAUAUAACAUGGUGUAAUUUAUCAUAAUAAGGAUAACUAUCAUCAUAUUAUCCACCCCUAGAAACCUCCCUAAAUACACUAUAUUACCAAAAGUAUUCACUCACCCAUCCAAAUCAUUGAAUUCAGGUGUUCCAGUGAUUUCCAUGGCAACUGGUAUAUAAAACCAAGCA